UUCUCCUCCUCCACAGAUCCAUGAUCCCCACGCCCCUCCCCUCUCUAUUUUAACCUAACCUGCUCCGCGGGACACCGUACCGCCUGGAAACCAUAACUCGAGCCGUUAUUAUUGCUGCCCCCAUUAACUUACUGCCACGUGUCCUAACGCAUCAAAUCCUGCCCGCAUCUUGCUUUGUCCCCGCGGGGCACCGUAUCGUGUUCCGUGCCCUGGCAAAUUGAGAGAGAGGGAGAAGGUGGUGGAGAGCGGGUGGGAUCGGAUUCUCGCUGCGAUUGGGUGGAGGUGAGCGGAUGCUUAUUUAGACGGGAGAGGAUGCGGAUCCCUAAGAGGCCUCUUGCUGCCUUCUGCACCUCCUCCUUCUCGUUUCCCGCCUCCAGAUCGCCUAUAAAUACCCCGGCCUCCUCCAGGUCUCUGCUCUUCUACUCGAUCCCCAAUCUUUCCCGAAGAGGAUUCAGCUGCUUGGUCUCAAAGAAGUCUCUGGAGGAAGUCGAGAUGGGAGAGAAGAGAUCAGUUUUCAACCCAAGUGACUCUGGCUCUAGUGUUGUUGAUCAGGAUGGGUCCACAUGGUCCUCGGCGAAAUGGGGUCAAGAAAUUCCAAUUGGGAAGCAUAUCUUUUGUAACAGGUCUUUGAAUAUGAAGAAUGUUGUUGCAGUUGGGUUUGACAUGGAUUACACAUUGGCUCAGUAUAUGCCAGAGACAUUUGAGUCCCUGGCUUAUAAUGGCACUGUCAAAAAGCUUGUCUAUGACUUAGGAUACCCCACCGAGCUACUGGAAUGGAAGUUUGAUUGGGAAUACAUGGUCAGGGGUCUUGUUCUUGACAAGAAGAGAGGCAACAUACUGAAGAUGGAUCGGCACAAAUAUGUUAAAGUAGCAUAUCAUGGCUUCAAGGAGUUGUCCAAGGAAGAUAAAGUUGCAGCUUAUGGGAUCACAUUGACAAGAGAUUCAUUUGAUGAACCAGACUAUGCUCUUAUAGAUACACUUUUCUCUCUAGCUGAAGCCUUUUUGUUUGCACAGCUUGUGGAUUUCAAGGAUAAUCAUCCUGGAAAAUUUUCUUCCGAGACAGAUUAUAGCCGGAUGUAUAGAGAUGUAAGAGCUGCAGUUGAUUUGUGUCAUCGUGAUGGAACAUUGAAGCAAAUGGUUGCAAAAGAACCUGGGAGGUAUAUUACUGAGGAUUUGGCAAUUGUACCUAUGCUUAAGAUGCUACGAGACUCUGGACGAGCUACAUUUUUGGUGACAAAUAGCUUGUGGGAUUACUCAAAUGUUGUCAUGAAUUUUCUCUGCGGGCACAAAAAUUCUGAUGGUGACUCCUCUUGCAACUACAGCUGGCUUGAAAAUUUUGAUGUGGUGAUCACAGGCAGCUGCAAGCCGACCUUUUUUCAUGAUAACCGUGCAAACAUUUUUGAAGUUGAUCCUGAAUCUGGGAUGCUUCUUAAUACUGACAAUGGCACCCCCAUUCCUCAGAUUGGGUGUUCUUCACCAAGGCUACAGAAAAAGGCUUGCAGAGUUUUCCAGGGAGGGAAUGUAGCUCAUUUGCAUAAGCUCCUCUCAAUUGAAUCAAGUUCUCAGGUACUUUAUAUUGGUGACCACAUUUAUGGAGAUAUUUUGCGCAGCAAGAAAGCACUAGGUUGGAGAACAAUGCUUGUUGUUCCAGAGCUGGAGAAGGAGGUUGAGCUUCUUUGGAAGUUGAGGGAUACACGCAAGGAGCUUCAGAAUUUAAGAAGAGAGAGAGAUAUUGUUGAGGAUGAAAUCCAUCAUCGUAACUGGUCUCUCAAGUUUGAAGGCCUUCAUAUUGAUGAAAAGCAAAAGUUGCUAUCUGAACUUCAUAAAUUGGAGUUACAAAGAGACAAUGCUCGCCAACAUCAUCAGCAGCUACAGCGUGAAUGUCACUUGAAGUUUCAUGCAGUGUGGGGACAGCUUAUGAAAACUGGUUACCAGAACUCUCGCUUUGCUCAUCAGGUUGAGAGGUUUGCUUGUUUGUACACCAGCAAAGUGUCGAACAUGGGGUUGUAUUCUCCUGAAAAGUACUAUAGACCAAGUGAAGACUUCAUGCCUCAUGAAUUUGAUAUCCUUGGAGCUUAAACUGUCAAAGAUGCAGCAAUUAUUUUGAGGACCACAAAGUGGGGUCGAUGGAUGUCAAGAUAAAACUGUACAUGUUUUCUAAUCCAUUUCUGGAGUGGGAGAAGGUUUUUUUAGGCAUUUCUAUUGACUCUGUGCUGUUUUCCUUUGUGCAACUGUAAUAUAUCGUACAACAAGCAUAUAUCAAUACCAUUGUUUCUCUAAAGAAUA